CUAGAAGAACCUCAUCUCUUGCACACCCAAAGAAAUUGAUCAUGGCCAUUUCUCACAUGAAAUUCUCCCUUCUCCCUCUCUUCUUUCUGAUUGCGGCAUGCGUCGCGCUUCGGAUCGAGGGACGAUCGCUUCUCCAUCAUCGGCUACGCUGAAGACAAUCUGAGCUCCCACGACAAGCUCAUCGACCUCUUCGAGUCGUGGAUGCAGAAGCACGACAAGUCGUACUCGAGCUUUAAGGAAAAGUUGCGCAGAUUCGAGAUCUUCAAGGAUAAUCUAAUGCACAUCGACGAGACGAACAAGAAGGUGACUAGUUAUUGGCUAGGGCUCAACGAAUUCGCAGACUUGAGCCAUGAGGAGUUCAAGGAGAAGUACUUUGGACUGAGGGCCGAGUACGCAUCAAGGAGGAAAUGUGCGGCAAACUCCGCCUUUUGGUAUAAGGAUGUUGUGGACUUACCGAAAUCGGUGGAUUGGAGAAAGAAGGGCGCGGUAACGCAUGUUAAGAACCAAGGCAAUUGUGGAAGUUGCUGGGCGUUUUCGACGGUGGCGGCGGUCGAAGGGAUAAACCGAAUCGUGACGGGGAACUUGACAUCGCUGUCGGAGCAAGAGCUAAUCGACUGCGACAGGCCGAACAACAACGGCUGCAACGGAGGGGUGAUGGACUACGCCUUCUCGUACAUCGUCGCCAGCGGCGGCCUGCACACCGAAGACGAUUACCCGUAUCUCAUGGAAGAGGGCACCUGCGAGGAAAUGAGGGGUGAUCAUGAGGUGGUGACUAUAAGUGGCUACGAAGACGUGCCAGAGAACAAUGAGGAGAGUCUCUUAAAGGCAUUAGCACACCAACCUGUUAGUGUUGGUAUUGAGGCUUCAGGAAGGCACUUCCAAUUUUACAGUGGAGGUGUAUUUGAUGGACCAUGUGGGACUAACCUUGAUCACGGCGUGACGGCCGUCGGAUACGGAUCAUCCAAGGACCAGGAUUACAUCAUAGUGAAGAACUCAUGGGGCCCAAGAUGGGGGGAGAGAGGGUACAUCAGGAUGAAGAGGAGCACUGGUAAACCUGAGGGUUUGUGUGGCAUAAACAAAAUGGCUUCUUAUCCUACCAAGCAUAGAUGACUAUAUAUAACUUUAAUAAGUUACUUCUGGGGUUGAGCAAUUAAUGAAUUAAUUAAUGUCUCAUUUUACUCUGAAUAAAAGUUGUAAAUAAGUCACCAUUCAUGUCAUUCCAAAGCAUUGAUUGUUACUAUUUUUUUGAGAGCAAAUUUAUUUGUGUAAAAACAUGAAUUUGAGAGAAAUUGUUGCUUCCAUUUUGUAAGUU